AUGCCGCCAACACGAGGAAGACGAAUGCCGUGUCCGGCUUGUGACGAGCUGAUGCCGGAGUUCGACAUCAAUCCUCACAAGGAAAGGGAUUGUCCCGGAUUGUUUCCUGGUCAAAGAAAUAUCGACCACCUGUUUCCACAACCCACACCCAAGGCAACUCCUGCCACCAAACCAGCCUCGACCCCCAAGGCAUCCCCUCGAGAAGUAUUCGACCUCACCGACUCGCCUCCUCCCAAAGCAUCCACCUCUAAUCCUAGUACUACUGGUCAAACCAAGAUCGGCACGACGCAGAAGAAGCCGGAGAGAAAGUCGUCUGCUUCAGGGCCAGGACCAGAACCGACUGGGAAGCAGGUCAAAGUUGCGCCCAUUUUCGGGAUGCCCCAGGCUGCGGCCAAGAGGAAAGCUGAGAGUGGAAGAGGUCCUGCGGAAGAGCCGAGUACGGAUAAGAGGCAGAAGCAGCAACCUGCGGCUGGACCAUCGGUGCCUAAAGUAAACCCUCUUACAGCAGCUCAGCCACUGGCGGAACGAUCACGUCCCUCCGAGAUAUCGCAAUACAUCGGCCAGACCGAUAUUGUGGGCACGGGCAGUCUCUUGAGGGCGCAGAUUGAGAGUGGGAAGCUGGUGGGGAGUUGUGUUCUUUGGGGACCACCUGGGUGCGGUAAAACAACACUGGCGCGGCUUAUAGCAAAGUGCUCUGGUGCGGACUUCAAGGAGCUGUCUGCUACGAGUUCGGGAGCGGCAGAUGUAAGACAAGUGUUCGAGAAGGCGAAAAAUGGAUUGACGAUGACUGGCAGACGGACGGUUCUCAUGAUUGAUGAGAUCCACCGAUUCAAUCGUGCUCAACAAGACCUACUGCUGCCAUAUGUUGAGAAAGGCUGGAUUCAGCUGAUAGGUGCCACCACCGAGAACCCAUCUUUCAAGGUUAAUGGUGCCCUCUUGAGCCGCUGCCAAGUUUUCACCCUUCAAGCCCACACUUCCGAAUCUCUCCAGAAGAUCCUUCACAACGCUCUGGCUACCCUCGCGCAGUCCGAAUCCCUCCCAUAUCUUCCAUCAGACCUCGUGCCCUUCCUCGCCGAUGUCUCUGACGGCGACGCGCGUCAAGCGCUCAAUGGCCUCGAGCUCGCUUUUCGGACGUGCCAGACCCUCGACGCUGCUGCCCUCGCUGAAAGGGCUGCUUCUAGUAAAGGCAAAGAACGGGACGCUUUCGAUAUGGAUAUCGAAGAUGCCGAGGAUGAAGCAGACAAGAAGAAGCGCGAUGGGCAGAUUAUGGAUGCUGUGAGGAAAGGUCUCCAAAAGGGGUAUAACAGGACAGGGGAAGAGAGGUACGAUAUGAUCUCUGCACUGCACAAGUGUUUGAGGGGGUCGGAUGGAAGUGCUGCGAUGUACUGGCUAGCCAGGAUGAUCACGGGUGGAGAAGAUCCGUUGUACAUUGCGAGACGAUUGGUGGUGGUAGCCAGUGAGGACGUAGGACUGGCCGAUGCCCAGGCUUUGCCAUUGGCUAUAGCAACUUACCAGGCGUGUCAGAUCAUUGGUCUUCCAGAAUGCCGUAUCAAUCUUGCCCAUUGCGUAGCUUAUCUAGCCGAAGCCGAGAAGUCUACCAGGUCCUAUGUUGCUUACAACGCUGCUGAGCAGCUCACGCAAGAACCGCCUCUUCCGGGCGUCCCGCUACAAAUACGAAAUGCACCGACGAAGCUUAUGAAACAGCUCGGGUACGGCAAGGAAUAUUCCUACAACCCAGACUAUGCGCAUCCUGUACACAACGAAUACCUUCCCGAAUCACUCCUUCAACACUCUUCCUCUUCCCAUGAUUCUUCGAAACAUAUCCUUAAGACUCCUGAAGAGUAUGAAGCUUCCAAACGGACUGAUGAGAAGCGUUUGAGGGAGUGGAAAUUGAAAGAGAAUAUGGGCAGGAGUGCAGCAGACCAGUAG